GGAGCUUAGGAAGCUUACGAGACGUUUGCACAGCGUGUCGACGCGAUGUGUUAUGCCUUGACGAAAUCGAAACAGCUCGUCAAAUCUCUUUUAUCUGCAGGUGACGGAUGGAAACUCCGCAUAGCUAACAACCCUUUUGGGGAGCUCGGACACAAAGGGAACAACAUGAAAGUGAAUAUGAACAAGAAUGACCGGCUACGGCAGAUCACUCUCAUGAAGAACGCCCCUGGAAAGAAUGUCUUGCCAGGAGAGGCCAAACGAUCGACAGCGGCGGCCAGAGCAGUGGCCAGCAGUUCCGGCAAUAGACUUUAA